UCACGUCCCUCUUCGCGGCGGAGCUCCUCAUCCUCAGCCGAAACGUAGGUCAGACGGACCGCGAUAUACUUAUCCACGGGGCUUCUGAUCCUCCGCCGUCGCCGUUACCGGAAGAGCUUCGAGUAGAAGAUGAGGAAGGAGGAUACCGUGAAGCUGAUCAGCGCCGAGGGUUUCGAGUUCGUGGUCGACAAGAGGGCCGCCAUGGUUUCUCAGACCAUCCGCAACAUGCUCACUUCUCCAGGGAGCUUCGCGGAGACGCAGCUGGGCGAAGUGACGUUCCCGGAGAUCAGCACCACCAUCCUCGAGAAGAUAUGCCAGUACUUCCACUGGUCUCUUCAGUAUGCUAGUGGCAAGGAGAGCGAGUUCCACAUCGAGCCUGAGCUGACACUGGAGCUGAUGAUGGCUGCUAACUAUCUCCAUACUUGAGAGAGAAAUCUCCGCCCUUCUCUUAUUUCAGGGGUGAGCGUAAAGAACACAGGCAUAUUCUGAAAUCUAACUUCAUUGAUGUCUUCGAUAAACGGGAAACUUGAAGCUUGUUCUUCAGUGUUACUUGGCAUCGCAGGUGACCCCGUUACGUAACUAAAUGCUUGUCCUGGUGUCACCUGAGUUGUUAAUUCAGUGACGUUUGUAUAUUUUCAUGGGAACUUUCUCACACCUAGAGUCAUCCAUCUUUUCCAUGGAUGUUGCCUUUAUCUUUUCUCCAUCAUAGACCGGAUUCAUCUCCUUAGAUCCACCGCAUCUUAAGAAUUGCUCUACGGUGGAUCAGUUGGUUGUCGUCUGAUUAUUUAUCAGAAAGAAUAUACAUAGUCGUAUCAAA